AUGUCCGACAAACGUCCUACAAUGCAAUUAGGCACAGUCCUAGUAGUCGGCGGAUGCGGCUUUCUCGGCUCCCACAUCGUUGAUCAAUUGCUAAAUUACCCUUCCGAGACCGAUCCCAGCGCUGCACUCCCGAAACCCCAGGGAGAUGCCCGAUUCGACUAUCCCAGUCUCGGAGACCGAUACCCGCGAUGCGUCGCGAAAGUCGCCGUGGUUGACCUGCGGACCACAAAUAACCGUCUGCCAGGUGCGCAGUACUACGAGGGCGACCUGACCUCGACGGAGUCGAUGCUUUCUGUGUUCCGCGAAGUCAAGCCAGACGUUGUUAUUCAUACCGCCAGUGCAAUCUUGACGGACAAGAAGCUGCUAUACCAGGUCAAUGUGGAGGGUACCAGGAACCUGCUCGAGGUCGCGGGCGGUGCUCGCGGAGAUUGGGGUGGCAAGUGCAAGGCUUUUGUAUACACAAGCUCUGCGUCUGUCGUGCACGAUACGCAGAGUGACUUGAUCAAUGUCAACGAGGACUGGCCUCUUAUCAGGGGUAAACUGCAGCAAGAGUACUACUCGGAGACAAAGGCGGACGCCGAAGAAGUCGUCCUAAAGUACAACCGCACCUCCCCCACAUCCAUGCUCACCUGCGCGCUCCGCCCAUCAGGCAUUUACGGCGAGAAAGAUGGCCAAGUGAUCCUCAAGAUUCUCGAACACGGCGUCAACGCCUCGGACACCGUUCUCAAGAUGCAACUCGGCGAAAACAACAACCUCUUCGACUUCACCUACGUCGGCAACGUCGCCUACAGCCACACCCUCGCCGCGUACCGCCUCCUAGCCAGUCACACACGCCUCGAAUCCGGCAAAGGCGAGCUCCUCGACUACGAAAAAGUCGACGGCGAAGCCUUCCUCAUCACAAACGACCAGCCCGUCUACUUCUGGGACCUGACGCACGCCGCCUGGGCGCUCGCCAACCGCGUCGUCGAGCCGAACCAGGUCUGGGAGCUCCCCGAGUGGCUCCUUGGCCCCAUCGGCGGCAUCGCCGAGACCGUCCUGGGGCUCUUGGGGAAGACGCCGAAGCUGACGAGGCGCACGGUCCGGUACUCGUGCAUGACGCGGUACUACUCGUGUGAGAAGGCAAAGCAGAGACUCGGAUAUAGCCCGCUUGUUCCGCUGGAUGAGGGGCUUGCAAGGGCCGUUGGGUACUUUGUUGAACGCUGGCGGCUGGAGGGUGAGAAGAAGGGGCAGUAA